AUGGGCACCGACAGCCGCGCGGCUGGGGCGCUCCUGGCGCGGGCCAGCACCCUGCACCUGCAGACGGGGAACCUUUCACUUCGAGAUUGUAUCCGGAAGACCUUGAAUGAGUGGAGUUCCCAAAUUAGCACAGAUUUGGUCAGGGAGUGUCCAGAUGUCUUGGAAUGUACUGUAUCUCAUGCAGUAGAAAAGAUAAAUCCCGACGAAAGAGAAGAAAUGAAAGUUUCUGCAAAACUGUUCAUUGUAGGAUCAAACGCUUCAUCAUCAACUAGAAAUGCAGUUGACAUGGCCUGUUCAGUCCUUGGAGUUGCACAGCUGGAUUCUGUGAUCAUUGCUUCACCUCCUAUUGAAGAUGGAGUUAAUCUUUCCUUGGAGCAUUUGCAGCCUUACUGGGAAGAAUUACAAAACUUAGUCCACAGCAAAAAGAUCGUUGCUAUAGGUACCUCUGAUCUGGACAAAACCCAGUUGGAACAGCUGUAUCAGUGGGCACAGGUAAAACCAAAUAGUAACCAAGUUAAUCUGGCCUCCUGCUGUGUGAUGCCACCCGAUUUGACUGCAUUUGCUAAACAAUUUGACAUACAGCUCUUGACUCAUAAUGAUCCAAAAGAACUGCUUUCUGAAGCAAGUUUCCAAGAAGCACUUCAGGAAAGCAUCCCUGACAUUCAAGCACAUGAUUGGGUGCCACUGUGGCUACUGCGAUAUUCAGUCAUUGUUAAAAGUAGAGGAAUUAUCAAAUCAAAAGGCUACAUCUUACAAGCUAAAAGAAAGGGUUUUUAACUACGAUUUAGGAUCAUAACCUACUGACCUGUAUUUUCCUUGAAUAUAAGAUAAAAUUGAGAUGUGUAAAAAUCUAAUUACUGCCUGUAAAUGUGUCAUUGAGGCAGAUAUUCUUUAGCUAUAUUUGACAAUAUGUUAUCUGUCAAGUUUGAAUACUUCUCUUGCUUCCAUAUCAGUUCACUCACUUGAACCACUAUAUUGUUUUCAUUGAACUAUUGUUUUCUAAUUGAAAUUGUCUAUAAUGAAGAUACUUGCAAUAUAUUUUUCCUUUAUUUUUAUGACAGUAGAAAUCAAGAAAAUUUGUUGUUAGAUAUAUUUUGGCCUAGGCAUCAGGGUAAUAUAUAUACAUAUUUUUUAUUUCUAAAAAAUUCAUUAAUUGCUUCUUACUCUACAGUAUAACUAAACAAUUUAAUUACAGUUGUUAAAACAAAUACUGGAAGAUAUUUUUCCUGUCAUUGAUAAGAUGAUUAUAUCUCAGAGUAACUGGAAUAGCUGGGAUCUACUAGUAGUGUAAAUAAAAGUCCUUUCUUCAAUA